GGAUACCUCAUUCCACCAGGGCUCUGCCAGUCACCUUCUCAGCACAAACUAAGCUUAAGGAAGAGGAGUUACUUUAACUGAAAUACAUUUAACUGGAGAAAACGUCACUGUCCAAACAGGACCAGCUCUAACCACCCCUGAAUUCUGCUGGUGGCAAUGUCUCACUGGGCCGGUCUCCUCUCCACCGCUGCCAAAGUCAACCUGCUGGUCUUGGUGGUUUCUGUGGUGUUUUCCUGGUCAAGCCUAAGUGACAGAGUUCCCGAGUUUGCCCUUACAAAAAUAGAAGAGAACGACAUAAAAGAUGACAGCAGGAAAGAGCUGAUAACAGAAGAUGAUGCUGACCCUGAAGACCUGGAAGUGUUUUACCCCACACAUCAGUGGCAAACCAUCCGUCCAGGUCAAGCCGUUCCUGCAGGGUCACACGUACGAUUAAAUCUGCAGACGGGAGACAGAGAAGCCAAGCUCCCAGAUAGCGAAAAUGGAAGAAGUGACACGAGAGAAGAGAGAAGAAGAAAAAGGCUGGGCAAGGUGGAUGUUGACUCAAAUUUAUUCACAUCCCAGGAGCUCAAAAAAGCGUUGGCUAAAAUGAAGGAAAGUGAGAAGGCAGAAAGAAAGGCCCAUGAGGAAGAGGUGAGGAAGAAGUUCCGGCCCAUAGAGCAGCUGAAGGAGGAGUUUGAAAAGCUGAAUGUGAAGAUGGAAACAGAUUAUGAAAUUAUGGUUAAAUUAAUCAGCAAAUUCAACAGCUCUGCCUCCACGCUGGAUGAAAAAGUAGCGGCGCUUUAUGAUCUUGAAUAUUAUGUUCACCAGGUGGACAAUGCUAAGGACUUCCUCUCAAUCGGUGGACUCCAGCUUGUGAUCGAUGGGCUGAACAGCACCGAGGCUGUGCUGAAGGAGCACGCUGCCUUCGUCCUGGGAGCCGCGCUGUCCAGCAACCCCAAAAUCCAGAUAGAAGCAAUCGAGGGGGGUGCGCUGCAGAAACUCCUGGUUAUUCUGGCUACAGAACAACCUCUGGCUGUCAAGAAGAAGGCUCUCUUUGCACUGUCCUCCAUGCUGAGACACUUCCCCUACGCCCAGCAGCAGUUCCUCAAGCUGGGCGGCCUCCAGGUCCUCAGGAGUCUCUUCAGGCAGAAGGGGAUGGAGACCCUCCACGUCCGUGUGGUGACACUCCUCUAUGACCUCAUCGUGGAGAAGAUGCUGCUUGAGGACUCACAGCACGGAGAUCAAAUGGAAGAGAAAAUCCAGCAGUACCGGCAAGUCAAGCUGGUCCCAGCAGUGGUCGAGCAGGACUGGUGUGUGGUCGUUUCCAACCUGCUGGCCAUGCCAGAGCAUGACACUCGGGAGAAGGUCCUCAAGACGGUGGGCGUGCUGAUGGCCUUCUGCAAGGAGCGCUUCCGGGGGGACCCGACCCUCAGCACCACCCUCAGCCUCCUACGCAGCGAGUAUGAGGAGCUGGCAGCAGAGGAGCAGAGGGAAGGUGACAAAGACGGCUAUUUCAAAGAACUCCUUGGCUCUGUAAAUACCAUCAUUCAGGAAUUAAGAUGA